GACGGCGCGUCGGCGGCGCGUUUCCCAGCAUGCAUCUCGAGUUCGGCCGUGUAGUGCUAAAUCCAGGCUGAAAGAAAACGACUCCGAAUCACCGAAAAGCAGCCUUCAGUCCGAUAACACCGCACGCAAAGAUGAGCGGAGGGACGCCUUAUAUCGGCAGCAAGAUCAGUCUGAUCUCAAAGGCCGAGAUCCGAUACGAGGGAGUUUUAUACACGAUCGACACCGAGAACAGCACUGUAGCUCUGGCUAAAGUGAAGUCCUUUGGCACUGAGGAUCGUCCCACGGACAGACCGAUCCCUCCUCGAGAUGAUAUCUUUGAGUACAUCAUAUUCAGAGGAAGUGACAUCAAAGACCUGACGGUGUGCGAGCCGCCCAAACCCACCUGCAACCUUCCUCAGGAUCCCGCCAUUGUGCAGUCCUCUCUGGCAUCCACAGCCGGUCCCACGGCUCCGUCCUUUCAGUCGUACGCCCCCUUCAGUCGGGCCCCGUACAGCCCGAUGGUACCCCAGCCGUUCGGAGCGGCGGUCACGGCUGGAAGCAGCUCAGGUCCUGCGUUCGGUAGCGAGGCGAGCACUACUGCCCCUCUGUCCCAGAGCUCUGCUCUUGCCCCGCACUCUCGCUCGCUGAGUGCUACCAAACCCGAAGGUCGUUCAAGCCCAUCUCUGGAGCCCUUGAGGAAGACCCCGGUCCUGGAGCAUGCGGUCCAGACGGCCCCAGUCGCCCUCUCUGUGGCUGCAACCAGUACAGUGGGUCAGAGGAACCCUGGAACGGCCCGACCCGCUCUCAGCACACAGAAAUCUGCUGAAAACCAGGAACAAAAAGCUACAGCGUCUGACGUUCAGAGGGUUCCUCGGCCAGAAUCAGACUCAAUCAGGCCUGAUAACAAAGACCCAAACAAACGGCAUUCUAGUGGUGGCGCUCCGCCAGUGAGAAAGGGGCGGGGCAAUGGUGGUGGAGGCGGCGGUCAGCGUGGGCGGGGCAGGUUUAACGGGUGUAGAGAUGGGCCAAUGAAAUUUGAGAAAGACUUUGACUUUGAGAGUGCCAACGCACAGUUCAAUAAGGAAGAGAUUGACCGCGAGUUCCAAAACAAACUCAAGAUUAAAGAUGAGAAGAGUGAGAAAUCAGAGAAGACUCUGAACGGGGAGGAGAAGACCGAUUCAGGUGUGGAGACCCAGAGCAGUGAACGCAACGCUGAUGUGGAGGAUCCACUGGGACCCAACUGUUACUAUGACAAAUCCAAGUCCUUCUUCGACAACAUCUCCUGUGACGACUCCAGAAAGGAGAAAUCUGGAGGUGCUUUUGGAAGGGAACGGAGGCAGACAUGGGCAGAGGAGAGGAGGAUGAACGCCGAGACGUUCGGUAUUCCUCUGCGUCGCGGACGCGGUGGUUUCCGCGGCAGAGGUGGCGGCAUGGGCUUCCGUGGCGGUCGCGGGCGUGCGGUUAGCAGGGGCUCGUUCAUGCCCUCCCGCGGGGGCGGCGGCGGAUUCAGGGGCGGGUUUAGAGGCGGCAGAGGAGGACGAGAGUUCUCUGACUUUGAGUACAGGAAGGAGAACAAAGUGGCGGCGUAGUCCAACCUGAAGACCAGAUCAUCCCAACAGCCAAGAAUCUCCGAUCAUCUCGUCUAGAUUAACGCUUUGGUUUUGACUCCUGAUUUACGGGGACUGCCUCUCUCGGUUUAACACCAGCGCUGGACACGCAGCUUUGAGUUUAUUUUCUCCUUCCUUUUUUAGAAAAAAAAACAUUUGCUGUUUUUUGGAAACGUUUGAUCUGCAUUCGAUACGUUCGGACGGGAGAAUUAUCUAUUAUACUAUUAUUAUCUGGUAUUUUUGCAUCAACCUUUAGUUCCUUGAUUGAUAAUAUUCAGUUAGGACAGACCCCGCUGAUACUGUGAGCGCUCCUCAGUCAUAUAGCUUUAUAAUGCAAUGUUGUUGUUUUUUGGAUCUGUUCUCUAAUGUCUUUUGAAGCACCAAAAGCCAGUCUAGAGGCUGGCCCGCUGGAUUCACGUCUAUGCUGGUUUGGUGCUCAUCCGUCUGGUAAAUGUAGGUGCUUUUGCUUCAUUUAAUAGUUUGACACGGUUUGUAGUACUAGUUCAUUAGUUUAUUUCAGCCCCCAAAAGCUCUUUUUUUUUUUUGCGGAUAGUCUGGUCGAGCCUCAGUGGGUCACAAAAACACCCUGGUUUAUGAUUGAAUGUAUUGAUGAAUUAAGUUUUUGUCCGGAAGUCCUCUCUCUCUGCCACUCUAAACAGCAAGGUUGUUUCACCUUGCUGUUCUCCUCUUUAAAAUGUAUUUUGAUAUUUGAGUGCCGCUUAUUCUUGCCUUUUGAUGUCAAUUAUGUAAAUUUAACUAUAAGAGGGCUUUUUGAUAUAAACUCGACAAACC